AGGCGCCUCAAUGGCAACCUUCCUUCGUCCCUCAGUCGGCCUAGCUGAUUGUAUGUAUGGUCUGAUCUGCGCCAGCCGCUGACGCCCGCUCCGAGUAACGCGAAUGUAUGACAACGAAGUUCCAGCUCGCGGAGUCCGGACCGAACGCGCACCUUGAAAUCGCAACCGGUUUGGGGGGCCCGCCAUUGCGUCCCCCACUGCCCGCCGAAGCUGCCGCACGUGUCAACCUUGCGCGACCGCCGCGCUGCGUUUUGAACGCCUCGAAAUGCCCGGGUGUUGUGUGCCGUUCUGCUCGAACCACUCCAGAAAUGGUUGGAGGCUGUAUCGCUUUCCGAGAGAGCCAAAUAGAAGACUUCAGUGGACCGCCAACGUCAAUCGCGAUCAGUGGCAGCCGUCAUAUGCGUCGAGCGUUUGCGAGAUUCACUUUCUGGAGGAGAGCUUCGAGCAACACCGCGCCGAUGGCUGGAGGAAGCUAAAGCCUAACGCUGUGCCGACGCUGUUCCCACGGAAUAAGCCCGCUCGCGGCAGAAAGUCACCGAAACUUGCAGCAGGAGCAGCAGCGACACCUGGAGCGAAUGAUGGUUCCGUUUCCACCGAAGCACCGGAAGGAUUCGCGUCGACAGAGGUGGAGGUGCACAUGUUGCCAUCCUCCAAUGGUAACGACCCGCCUACGCGAGUGAGCCGCGCCAAGGCACGGCCGGCCAGGACAAGGAGGACGACGCGGCGAAGGACUGUUACGCAAAAACGAGACGUGCCGAACGCUGUGCCGUCAAAAUCUCUCUGUUCAAAAAGUUCCUGCGUUGAAUCGCGAGAAAAGCUGGCCGACAUGACCAGAAUACACGAUGAACUAGUGGAGGCUUACGCGGUCGCGAAUUCAACCGUUAACGCGCUUAGGAGUAGGGUCGACGAAUUGGAGAGCACCGUGGAAAUUCUUCGACAGCAUCUACGGCACCGCGAAAGUGGAGACUUGCAACCGCCAUCAUGAGAUAUCAACCAAAGAAGUGUGUACAUCCAAUAAAGCUGGCGUUUAGGUUACCUGCGCGAUGUUUCCUAU